AUGAAGAUCAGUGUAAUGACCGUCGAUGAACAAAUCGUCACGCUGGAUGUCGAUCCGCACGAAUCUGUGGAGAACUUGAAAGCUCUGCUGGAGGUUGAGACUCAGGUGCCUCUGCAACAACAGCAGUUGCUAUAUAAUGGAAAGGAGAUUACAAAUUCUGAGAAAUUGAGUGCCGUUGGAGUUGCCGAUGGAGAUUUGGUUAUGAUGGUUCCAAAGAACUCAUCUUCAAGUUCCAGAGGUGGAGGCAAUGAUUUGAGUUUCAAUCCUGAUGGCUCAGCUGUAAAUCCCUCAGCUUUCCAGCAACAUUUGCGUGGUGAUCCUAAUUUGAUGACCCAACUAUUUCAGAGUGAUCCGGAGUUAGCACAAGUUGUUCUUGGAAAUGAUCUUAAUCGGCUGCAAGAUUUUUUGCGUGCACGAAACCGGCAGAGGUCUGAAUUAAUGCGUAAACAAGAAGAGGAAAUGGCUUUACUUUAUGCGGAUCCUUUUGAUGUGGAGGCCCAAAGGAAAAUAGAAGCUGCUAUUCGCCAGAAAGGUAUAGAUGAGAACUGGGCUGCUGCCUUGGAACACAAUCCUGAAGCAUUUGCUAGAGUGGUAAUGUUGUAUGUAGAUAUGGAAGUGAAUGGUGUUCCAUUGAAGGCUUUCGUUGACAGUGGAGCUCAGUCAACAAUUAUAUCUAAAAGCUGUGCCGAACGUUGUGGACUGCUUCGGCUUUUGGAUACUCGGUAUAGGGGAAUAGCUCAUGGAGUUGGUCAAUCUGAGAUUUUAGGUCGUAUACAUGUUGCGCCUAUCAAGAUUGGAAAUAUAUUUUAUCCUUGCUCUUUUGUGGUCCUCGAUGCACCCAACAUGGAGUUUCUCUUUGGCUUGGAUAUGCUUCGCAAGCACCAAUGCAUUAUUGACCUGAAGGAUAAUGUGUUGAGAGUUGGUGGAGGCGAGGUUGCCGUACCUUUUCUGCAAGAGAAGGACAUUCCAUCACAGUUUAUGGAUGAAGAGAGGCAUGCCAAGGAAGCUACCAGCUCUGGAGCACUAGGAGCAGAGUUUGAAGGUAAAGUUGCUAAGCUAGUCGAGCUAGGGUUCGGGAGGGAAGCAGUAAUUCAAGCUUUGAAGCUUUUUGACGGCAACGAAGAACAGGCUGCCGGAUUUCUAUUUGGGGGCUGA